GAUAAACCCAAUAGAAACCCUAAGGUUAUAUAUAAUCUCAUUCAAUUAUAUAUCGCUCGUAUUACUAAUAAAACUCAUAGUAAAGUCCUUACCGAAUACUUAAUUAUUAAACGUACUAAUUUUAAUACUAUAAUUUCUUUCCUUAUUCGUUAUACUCUAUUCUAUAAGCGUAUUGAGGAUACUAAAUUCAAGAUCGAUAAUAACUUCGAGAUUACCUUCCUUUAUAAUGCUAUAAAGGCCGCCUACCCUAUUAAUACCAAAUACUAA